AUGCCUGGUCGCUCAGAAGUCGCCUAUUUUGGCGCCGGUCCUGCCCCUCUCCCUACCCCUGUCAUUGAGACGGCCGCUCAAGCUUUUGUCAACUUCCAAGACACCGGGCUCUCCCUGGCGGAGAUCUCGCAUCGCUCUUCGACAGCCAACAAGGUCCUCGCCGACGCCAAGGACGCCUUGGCAACCUUGUAUGAUAUCCCUAUGGAUGAAUACGACAUCAUGUUUAUGGAGGCAGGAGGCACGGGGGAGUUUAGUGCCGCCCUGCAGAAUCUAGUGGGAUGUUGGAUUGAGCGGCGUCGGAGGAAGGCCGUGGCGGAACUGGGUGAAGGAAAGGACGCCGAAGUCCUGGAGCGGGUCAAGAAGGAGAUCGAGGCAGAGUUGAAGGUCGACUAUCUGAUAACAGGAUCUUGGUCCCUCAAGGCCUGUCAGGAAGCAACCAGACUCAUUGGGGCAAAAUACGUCAACGUUGCCAUUGACGCCAGGAAGACUAACAACGGCAAGUUCGGGAAGAUCCCGGACGAAAGCGAGUGGAAUCUCACGCCAAAGGGAAGUGCAUUGACUUAUUUGUGUGACAACGAGACUGUCGAUGGGGUCGAAUUUCCCUCUUUCCCCAAGGUUUUGGAAAAUACCAGUGGGAAUGAAGAAGACGACAGGAUUGUGGUGGGAGAUAUGUCGAGCAAUUUUCUCAGUCGACAAGUUGACGUUCGAAAAUACGGAGUCAUCUUCGGCGGCGCCCAAAAGAAUCUUGGAAUCGCUGGCAUUACCGUGGUCAUCAUUCGGAAAUCCUUGCUCAGCCUUGUUCCGCCCCCGACGUUCCUUCACGCCCUGUCCCCCGUGAUCCCGACCUCAGGAUGUCUGCCGCCCAUUAUGCUCUCUUUCUCCACCAUCGCUGCCAACAAUAGUCUCUACAACACGCUUCCAAUCUUCAAUCUGUACGUUGCGACCCUGGUCCUGCAGCGCCUCGUUUCCACGUUCGGAUCCAACAAGGUAUCUGGCCAGGAAGAGGUCGCCAAUCAGAAGGCCAGACUUUUAUAUGAGACCCUUGACUCUCACUCAGACUCGUACCACGUUGUCCCGCACAAGAGCGCCAGGAGCAGAAUGAACAUUUGCUUCCGAAUCAUCUCCGGAGCGAAGUCGGGGAGCGGAGAAGUUGUGCCGGAUGACGCCAAGGAGAAGGCCUUCCUUGCCGGCGCGGAACAGCGCGGGCUGCUUGGCCUCAAGGGCCAUCGAUCCGUUGGUGGCAUCAGGGCGAGCAACUAUAACGCUGUCCCGCUGGAGAAUGUACAGCAACUGGCCAGCUGGUUGGUGGAAUUUGCCAGAUCAUGA